GAGUUGUUCAGUGUGCCGAUACGACUCUCUACCCCGGUUUUCUUGCUGACAUGCAAUAUUUUGUGUGCCUUCCAUGUGUCAGAAUUCACUUCGGCUUUCUGUUGAGUCUUCUCUUUGACUUCUGUCUGUCUUUAGUAUGGCUUCCUCCAACGCUCAAUAAAAUGUGUGAAAAACCUGAACUUUGAUCACCACAAAUUGCAGUCUUUGAGAGAGAGGAAAAAUUGACACAGUUCAGCUUUAGAUUAGAAAUCAAAUGGCUUUUCACUGGUGAAGCAAGAUUAAAGGUGAGUGUUUUUAAGGCUUGAUCAAAGAGAAGUACGAGAGUACAGGAAGGGAUUUUUUUUUUCCUCUUUCUUUGGUAAUGGUUAUUCAAAGCUGUCAUGGUUGAAGGAAAGCAGGAAGUUUUUAACAAACAGCCUUCAGGGAAGCAUCUGCAUUCAGAUGAGAUAUUGCUUCUAAAACAUAAAGCCUGGCUGUGGAACUUGCUAUGGCCCCGAGCAAACAAACUUCCCUGUUUCUGAGCGCACACAAAGAGCCUCUGUAGCUUGUGGCUCUGGAGACUCCACUCUCGUGUCAGACUCUGAAUCUGGUGGUCCAAACAGAUGGUGCCUCGUGGCUUUUAGGUUGUUUGAACAACUAUGUAAUCAAACGGAUCCAUCUCUCCGACGAACACUGACCUGAAUUCAGAUGUGUCCCCACCCGGCUAGAGAGGCCCUUCAGUCCAAAGAUGGAUUCCAGAAGUCAGAACGACAGCGACGGAGGAGGAGGACGCCACGGGGUGUUGCCGUCAUUGACUGGAUUGGCGAACAUGGCGCAUGACGAAGGUAGAGCACGAUCCUGGUCUCUGCAAAACCUAGACGCUCCGUCAGAUCCUGGGCUGAACUGCAGGUUACGGCCACACACUCCACCAGUGUUAUCUCUGGAUCAGAUAAGAAUAAGCGGUGGUAGUAAUGAAUAUACAGACGGGCCGUCGGCUGCUCAAAGGUCUCCGGCCACCCAGCAACGGAAGACUGAGAUGGUUACAUCAACAGGUUCAAGGACCAAUGGGCAGCAAGAGACCGAGGAAGAGGUGUCCAACAACCUCCGCAACCUGUAUUCAGUGACUCAUCAAGGGAACACAAAUGCUCCCAUCUCUUCAAGAGAGGGUAUGUCUCAGUCUUCCAGUGUGGAGGACUCCCAGAGCAGCGUCCGCACCAGCGCAGGGAGCGGUUCUUCGGGUCAGCGGCUUCUCGGCGGCCCGGCGAAUAGCUACGAAAUAAUCAGAAACCAGCCAAAACGAGCUGAUUCUGAGGAGCUAAAACCCCUGAACGCAGAGUACAGAGACAUAGAAGCAAUCCCGGGCAGCAGGAAGCCUUUAAAAAAGGACAAACACUCCAAAAGAUGUGAGUCCUGCGGUCGGUGCAAGUGCUCAGAGUGCGUCCAGCCGAGAGCACUUCCGUCCUGCUGGAUGUGCGGCCAGCGCUGCCUGUGCUCUCCAGACAAGGCCGUGGAGUACGGGACGUGCGUCUGCUGCCUGAAGGGCAUUUUCUACCACUGCUCCAACGAUGAUGAGGACACCUGCGCGGACAAGCCCUUCUCGUGCUCUCAGUCGCGCUGCUGCGUACGCUGGACGACCAUCAUGUUCUGCUCCUUGCUCUGCCCUUGUCUCUGGUGCUACCUCCCAGGUAAGGGGUGCCUGGCCAUGUGCCAGUGCUGCUACGACCAAGUCGCACGACCCGGCUGCCGAUGCAAGAACCCAACCCCAACUCGCUGUCACGACGACAGCACAGCAACGUAGGCCAGGAUGAAAUGGGACAUUGAUUGACCAACUCCACACUGAGUGAACUGCAAAGUAUCAAGUUGCACAAUUUGAACCAUCUAAUAGCGUCAUUGUGGCUGUUGUCUUAAUGUCCACCGGACAUGUCAGGAAAGGCUCCCAUGUGUCUACUUUGAAUGCAAACUUACUAAAAGAAAUGUUAGUGGUAAAGGCACUGGAGGUGCAUUUACUCACCCUAGCAUUAGGAGUUUCACUUGAAUGGUCAACCAAAAUAAGCACUCCACAUUUCAAGGUAUGGCAUCUCAUUUAACUACUGUUAUAUCUUUUCACUCAAGUGCCGUGAUGUUUCCUAAUACAGUCCAAGCAGAUAGCUUUGGGGUUUUAACAUUUGAUACAAACUAUAUUCUAAAAGCUUCUGCUACUAACUGUAUGUAACAUAAUAAUGGAAAGGGGGUGUACAAUAGAAAAUGACAGAUGUUUUAUUUUUGUAUAUAUAUAUAUAUCUAUAUGAUACUUCAACUGUGAAAGGUUUUCUGCCAUUAGAGGCACUUUGAUGAAUCUGCGUCAGCUGCCAUUCAUACAAAGUUUCUGCAUUCACAUGGAAUGUCUACCAAUCAUAUUUUAAAAUAAUUUACAACGUCAGAGAUCUUAACCCUGAUCCUACCUGUAAAUUGUACAGUGAUCUUAUUUGAAAAAAUGAAAAAAAUGUUCUAAUUCCAAAAUUGCCUAGUGUAAAGUUAAAAAGAUAUAUUUAUUUGAAGGUUUUAAUAUUUUAUUAUUAUGACAAAUAUUUAUUUUGAGAAAGGAUUGUUAAAGGCCUCCUCUGUUGCUCAGCAGAUUUGACACGAAUAGCUCACUAUGGAUUAGAAGAUGAAUAUAUUAACGUUUAAAAUUAAAAAGCCUUGAAGUCUAACUGAGGAGUGUGAUUCUUAUUGACUGUACUGAAAAGUUGCUACGACCAAAACGAAACAAUGAAAUGUCACUGCUGUGUAAAUCAUA